UCCGCCAUCGCUCCUCCCGCGUUCUGGAGAGUUCUGGGAGGGAACGUUUUUUAGGAGGCGCGGCCGCGGCAGUAAACACACACACAGACCGAGAGGAGCAGUACUGGAGGACCGGAGAAAUAAACAAAAAGAAUUACGGAACGGGGCUACGAGCCAAGAGUAUUAUUUACAGCCGCUGUAAACCGAGACGACGCAAAUUUUCCUUGAAACGGAGGAAACAUGUCCAAGGGUCCAGCAGUUGGCAUUGACCUGGGCACGACCUACUCCUGCAUAGGAGUGUUUCAGCACGGCAAAGUAGAAAUCAUUGCCAAUGACCAGGGAAACAGGACCACACCCAGUUAUGUUGCCUUCACCGACACAGAGAGGCUGAUUGGUGAUGCCGCCAAGAACCAGGUGGCUCUGAACCCGAAUAACACCGUCUUUGAUGCAAAGCGUCUCAUUGGACGUCGCUUUGAUGAUCCCGUUGUCCAGUCUGACAUGAAGCACUGGCCCUUCACGGUCAUUAAUGAUAAUUCAAAACCUAAAGUGAAGGUGGAGUACAAGGGUGAAUCGAAGACCUUCUACCCUGAGGAGAUCUCCUCCAUGGUGCUCAUAAAGAUGAAGGAGAUUGCAGAGGCCUACCUUGGUCAGACUAUCACAAAUGCUGUUGUGACAGUGCCUGCCUACUUCAACGACUCCCAGCGCCAAGCUACCAAAGAUGCGGGAACUAUAUCUGGCCUGAAUGUGCUACGUAUCAUCAACGAGCCCACUGCGGCUGCUAUUGCUUACGGCCUGGACAAAAAGGUUGGCUCUGAGAGAAACGUUCUCAUCUUUGACCUUGGUGGCGGCACCUUUGACGUCUCCAUCUUGACUAUUGAGGAUGGCAUCUUUGAGGUGAAGGCCACAGCUGGCGACACACACCUGGGUGGUGAAGACUUUGACAAUCGCAUGGUCAACCACUUCAUCUCGGAGUUCAAACGCAAGUACAAGAAAGACAUCAGCGACAACAAGAGGGCAGUGCGGCGUCUGCGCACAGCGUGUGAGCGAGCCAAGCGCACCCUAUCCUCGAGCACCCAGGCCAGCCUUGAAAUCGAUUCCCUAUACGAGGGCAUCGACUUCUACACCUCCAUCACUAGGGCGCGGUUUGAGGAGCUUAACGCUGACCUGUUUAGAGGAACUCUUGAACCCGUGGAAAAGGCUCUCCGUGACGCAAAAAUGGACAAGGCUCAGAUCCACGACAUUGUUUUAGUGGGAGGUUCUACCCGCAUCCCUAAGAUCCAGAAGCUGCUGCAGGACUUCUUCAAUGGGAAGGAGCUCAACAAGAGCAUUAACCCUGAUGAGGCCGUGGCAUACGGCGCAGCGGUCCAGGCUGCCAUCUUGUGUGGUGAUAAAUCUGAGAACGUUCAGGACCUGCUGCUGCUGGAUGUGGCCCCCUUGUCCUUGGGUAUUGAGACUGCUGGUGGAGUAAUGACGGUCCUCAUCAAGAGAAACACCACCAUCCCCACAAAACAAACCCAGACCUUCACCACCUAUUCUGACAACCAGCCUGGUGUGCUCAUUCAGGUGUUUGAGGGCGAAAGAGCCAUGACCAAAGACAACAACCUCUUGGGGAAAUUUGAUCUGACAGGAAUCCCACCAGCUCCUCGAGGAGUACCUCAGAUUGAAGUGACCUUUGACAUCGACGCUAACGGCAUCAUGAAUGUGUCUGCAGUUGACAAGAGCACUGGAAAAGAGAACAAAAUCACAAUCACCAACGACAAAGGACGCCUGAGCAAGGAGGACAUUGAGCAAAUGGUCCAGGAAGCAGAGAGGUAUAAGGCUGAGGAUGAUGUGCAGAGAGAGAAGGUGUCAGCCAAGAAUAAUCUGGAGUCCUACGCCUUCAAUAUGAAGUCCACAGUGGAGGACGACAAGCUGAAGGACAAGAUUAGUAAUGAGGACAAGCAGAAGGUCCUGGAGAAGUGUAAUGAGGUAAUCAGCUGGCUGGACAGAAAUCAGUCUGCAGAGAAAGAUGAAUUUGAGCAUCAGCAAAAGGAGCUGGAGAAGGUGUGCAACCCCAUCGUGACCAAGCUGUACCAGGGUGCAGGAGAAAUGCCAAGGGGGAUGCCUGGAGGUUUCCCUGGAGCUGCUGGUGCUGCAGGAGCAGGAGGGCCCACCAUCGAGGAGGUGGAUUAGUAGAUGUCUGUGAAUCAAUGUUAUUGAUGUUUGGGUGGAAUGGUUUUGCCAAAGCUUGUUCUAAACUGUUAAGAACUCCAGUUCUUUAUAGACUGGUGUGCCACUCUUGUUCUGUGAGAAGCUUUUCUUGACACUGAUUGUUUAAAGUAUGUUCACAAAGUGUUUUGAGUAAAAUUUAUAUUUGCACAGUUUAUUGCAAAAAACAAUUAAAUGAAUAAGUAUGUGCCUUCAGA